UUCAGGUUUGUGUACCAAUUUUAGUGUCUAUAUUUUUCAGAUAUUUAAAUGAUGAAGCACAAAAGAAUUGAUUUGAACCCAAGUUAAAAACAUUCCGGUAUCUUCUGCCACAAUUAAUCAUGUCAUUAUUCAAUCGAGGAAGAAAGCUUUUAAUCAAACGGAAAACUGUUCAUUUUAUUGAUAUACUGUUUUGAAUCAAUUUGGCUGAAUUGAGAGUAGUUUGAUUGAAAAUUAAUGCACAUUUUUUGGGACUGAUUCCUGAAACUGAGAUAAACUCCUGAAAAUUUACCGUUGUCACUUAGGGCUUUACUUCAAUACCGCUACUGCAUCAUUUCUGAAGGAACUGCAAUACACGUUCGACUUGUUUCCGUCUAAUACUUAUUUUUAUAUUGGUGAUUCUGUUCCAAUCAUUCGGUUUAUAAUCCAGCAGCCUGCAGUAAGAUAACACGCUGUAAGAUCACCCACUGACUGACAACCGAAUGUUAGUUGGUACAAAUUUGUUCACCAAACAAACCUCUCUUCGUAUUCAAAUUCAGUCACGUGAUUUGACCUGUGCUUUAGGGCAAAUGUCUCUGAGUUAGCUGCUUGUAUCAUCUGGUCUUAUUUUACUGUUAUAACUGGACUUAAAUAGAAAGCCCUUCUUAAAAGCGAAUUUGAAGACUGUUUGACGCUUUCGCCUUCCAUCAAUGGUAUUUUUGGAGCACUAAUUGUUGCAUAAAUUAUUGUAGAGCUGGUUCUAAUUGUUGCAUAAAUUAGCCCACUGAGUUACUGUAUUGACCUACCUUUUAUGGCUUAGAACUGAGUUUACGCCACAGCAAUUACGAAUUUGAUUUAUACAUUGUACCUGCGUCACUUUUCUUCUUAAAUUAUUCAUUUUACCUCAGUUAUUUUCUCUUUUUUGAAAUAAUUGUAUUAUUUCUUCGCGUAUACAUAUUUUUACUAGUGUCGAAAAAUAAUUUGCAUAAAUUCAUCAUGGCUUAUUCAAGAGCGAGAGAUAUUGAAAGCAGCGAGAACUCCGCAUUUAUGGACUCAGAAACGUCCACAUAUUCCAAAAUGACAUCCAAAAACAAUACAUUCCAGUUCCUCAAACGUAAAAGAGCAAUCAAGCGAAAAAUUAUUUUUUCAGUUUACUUUUCUUUCGCGUUUUUAAUUGUAUGUGUUGUACUUCCUCUGAAAUGGAUCUCAAUGUCAAACGAGUUUGCGUCCCAAUUUGGUAUUCACACUUCGGCUGACGGAGACUUCAUUCGAAGCCAAGACAGAGGGUCUGCAUUCUUACAUUUUGGCUCUGAAAGAGCUAGAAGAGCAGAUUCGACGGAUCGAAAUGAAUUUAUGAAUCAGAGCCAUUCCGCUGAGCAGUUGAGUUCAAACUCGAGCAAUGACGUCACGACAGUCGUGGCCGAGGAGGAGUGCAUUCCGAGAGCAGUGGACGAGUUCCCCCAGGGACCCAUCUCGCAGCGAGACAUUCACAAUGGGGCGUUCGUUUUGCACAUACUCAUAGCACUCUACAUGUUCUUGGCUCUGGCCAUUGUGUGUGAUGAUUUCUUCGUGCCCUCCUUGGAGAUUCUGUGUGAGAAGUGCCACAUGAGUGAAGACGUGGCAGGUGCUACUUUCAUGAGUGCCGGAAGCUCCGCCCCCGAGUUCUUCACUUCCCUCAUUGGUGUGUUUGUGGCGCAGAAUGACGUGGGUGUAGGCACUAUAGUGGGCUCUGCAGUGUUCAACAUCCUCUGCAUCAUCGGCAUUUGUGCUCUGUUUGCUGGCAAGGUCAUCCAGCUCACGUGGUGGCCCCUCUGUCGGGACUCCUCCUACUACCUCCUGUCUGUCAUCGCUCUCAUCCUGGUCACAUUCGACGAACAGAUCAUUUGGUACGAGUCAGUUGUGUUAGUGGUCCUUUACGUCUUCUACAUUCUACUCAUGACCUUCAACCGCUACAUUCAGGCGGCAAUCAACAAACGCUUCAAAAACCCAGUCAAUAAAACUGCCGCCGAGUCGCCAGUGAGAGGAAUUGCACUGAAGACUUCAGACUACGGAUCUCCAAUGGCAAAGUAUGCGGUGUCGCAGCCGUAUGUUAUUUCGACCAACGACAAAGAAAUUUUCCAGCCACGAGACUUUGCUGAUGCGUCGUUACGAGUCAUGCUGAGUAAGAACUUCAAACCAGCUUGUCGUAUGAGGGCGGCUGCGAGAAUUAUAAUCGCGGCUCGAAGACGCGAAGCUCAGAUCACUCUGGUCACGGAUUCGACUAUUGAUAAGUUGGCAGUGGUUGCUGGAUGUCAGCAGACACAAGUGAACAAUUACCAGAUCCAUCUGGAGAAACGUCCGGAGGACGAGAUCACCAAAGACACGACCAAUGAACAGAACGGGCAGCAGGGGGGAGUGGCGGCGGGUGGUGAAGGAGGGGACUCUUCGGAUCAGGAGGGUCUGUGUGAUGUGCCGAGUGGGUUUCUGGGAGUGGCAAAGUGGAUCCUGUUGCUGCCCAUCAAUUUGGCCUUCUUCCUCACAGUGCCAGACUGCAGAGAAGAAAGGUGGAAGCGUUGGUUCGCAGUGUCCUUCAUCAAUUCUAUUCUGUGGAUCAGUGUGCUGUCUUACCUGAUGGUGUGGAUGACAGCCAUUGUGGGCGAUGCCCUCCAGGUCCCGGACACAGUGAUGGGAGUCACGUUCCUCGCCGGAGGCACAUCCAUUCCCGACUGCAUGGCCUCCCUUCUAGUGGCCAGACAAGGUCUGGGCGAUAUGGCAGUAUCCAACAGCAUUGGGAGCAACGUGUUUGACAUCCUGGUCGGACUGGGGAUGCCCUGGUUCCUGAAGACAGUCGUGAUCUCGUGGGACCACACCAUCGAGAUCAAGAGUCGAGGACUCAAGUACUCUGUCGUGCUUCUAUUCAUAAGUGUAGCCGUCACUAUAACUGCCAUUGGAUUUAACAAGUGGAAGCUGAACCGAAAGUUGGGAGUUGUCUUUCUACUCACUUACGUGGCCUACAUCAUAGUCGCAUGCAUGAUUGAAUUGAAUGUCUUUGGCGACAUAAACCCCCCGACUUGUUGAAAAGUCGAAAAAUCACCAAGCCGAAAUCAUGCCACGUGAAAUAUUUCAGACCCAUGCAUGGUCAAAACUGGUGCAAUGAUACGACAAAUCUCUACGAAUUGCAACAAUUUUUAUACAGUAUUCAAGAAAAAAGCAACAAGAACAACGCGGCUGCAAAAACUGAUUGAAUUCGAAAAAAUUUUUGGUCUGCUUUUGUCAAUAUAUUUAAGUUUAAGAAAACGGACUGCAAACCUUGCCCUAAUUCAUGAAUAAUUUCACAAGUGCAGAA